AUCAUCCUGCGCCCGCCUGCCCCGCGACGUGCCGGCAGCUGGCGCAGCCCUCCGCUCGCCCGACCUCCCCCUCCCUGGUUCCGCGCUCUGGUUCCGCCAUGGAAUCCAACAAGGAUGAAGCCGAGCGCUGUAUUAGCAUCGCCCUCAAGGCCAUCCAGAGCAACCAGCCUGACCGGGCGCUCCGCUUCCUGGAGAAGGCGCAGCGGCUGUAUCCGACGCCGCGAGUUCGCGCCCUGAUUGAGUCCCUCAACCAGAAACCACAGUCUGCCGGUGACCAUCCCCAACCCACAGACGCGACCCACAGGAAAGCAGGUGGCACCGAUGCCCCCUCGGCCAACGGAGAAGCUGGAGGAGGAGAGAGCACUAAAGGCUACACUGCAGAGCAAGUAGCAGCAGUAAAAAGGGUCAAGCAGUGUAAAGAUUACUAUGAGAUCCUGGGGGUGAGCAGAGGGGCCUCCGAUGAGGACCUGAAGAAGGCCUACCGGAAGCUGGCCCUCAAGUUCCACCCAGACAAGAACCACGCACCUGGUGCCACUGAAGCUUUCAAAGCCAUUGGCACAGCAUAUGCGGUACUUAGUAACCCAGAGAAAAGGAAGCAGUAUGACCAGUUCGGUGAUGACAAGAGCCAGGCAGCCCGGCACGGCCAUGGGCAUGGGGACUUCCACCGUGGCUUUGAGGCGGACAUCUCCCCUGAGGACCUCUUCAACAUGUUCUUUGGUGGUGGCUUCCCGUCUAGUAAUGUCCACGUCUACAGCAACGGCCGCAUGCGCUAUACCUACCAGCAAAGGCAGGACCGCAGGGAGAACCAGGGUGACGGCGGGCUGGGCGUCUUUGUGCAGCUGCUGCCCAUCCUCAUCCUGAUCGUCGUGUCGGCGCUCAGCCAGCUCAUGGUCUCCAGCCCUCCAUACAGCCUGAGCCCACGGCCGUCGGUGGGCCAUGUCCACAGGCGAGUCACUGACCACCUGAAUGUCGUCUACUACGUGGCAGACACCUUCUCUAAGGAGUACACGGGCUCCAGCCUCAAAACAGUUGAACGGAACGUGGAAGACGAUUACAUCGCCAACCUCCGAAACAACUGCUGGAAGGAGAAGCAGCAGAAGGAAGGCUUGCUAUACCGGGCCCGCUACUUCGGUGACACGGAUAUGUACCACAAGGCGCAGAGGAUGGGCACCCCGAGCUGUAACCGACUGUCAGAGGUGCAGGCCUCCCUGCAUGGAUAGUCCCGGGCCAGCCACGCCACGGAGGUCCAAACCAUGAAAUCCCUGGAGAAUUUUUGGUGACAUGCACUGAGCCAAGGUGAUGGACUGUGUAUUUAAGGAAAGACAUAAAAAGAAAAAAAAAUUAAAAUGGAAUUGGAGGCCGAGCGCCGCCCAGCUGCCCUCUCUCUCACCCAGUAAAUGCUGAAAGCUCUUAGGACAGGAAAACCUGCCGCGGGGCUGCUUCCCUUCCUCCCCGGGCUGGCAGAGGCUCCACUUCGGCUCUCUCCUAGGAUACGGAAACCAUGGCAACGAAAGUAGAAUGUAAAACUUGGAGCAAACGGCUGUGGAAAGGGCUGGGGGAGGGGCCGCCCAACUGCCUUCCUCCCCCUCCUGGGAACCCCCACCGGUCACCUCUCCGUGGAAGCCAGUCAGAGGCGUUGGCCAAGGAUAGGAGGAGGAGGGGCGAGAACUCUCCAUAGAAUGUGAUUUAUAGAGCAAGUACAAGUGUGUGUGUGUGUGUGUAUAUAUAUAUAUAUCUAUUUAUAUGUAAAUAGCAUAUUUAAAGAUAUAUAUAUAUAUAUAUAGUCUGCUUUUUAAACUAUGCAGGGAUUUGGUUAAGUUGUUUAGCUGAUUUCUUCCCUGUUUUAGAAAACAAGGCCUGUGUGGGGAAGGUAACUUGGUCCUUCAGAGGCUAAACAUUGGCCAUAGCUGACAGCCUGAGGGGCAGUCCGGUCGCAGGUUUUCACGCUCCCCUCAGCCCCGGCCUGCUUUUGAUGGCAGCGGUAAUCAUGAUAGUGUAAGUGUAGAGAACUCAGAGGUUGCCAGGGUUACGAUGAAGCUGGAGGGGAGCAGGCUUUCAGAGGAGAAAGUGCCCCUGGGGCCAGGUGCCCUGUCAGGAUCCAGUCAUAGUGGAGCCCGCCCCCCCAGGCCGCCUGCGGGUGUGAGACCACCCGCCACAAGCUUCGGUCAGCUCAGGUGGGCUAUUGGGCCUGGGGCCCAGGAGCCCUCUGCCCCCCCCCCCCCCCCCCCGCCGCAGAGAGCAGGGUUAGAGGGGGACCAAGUUCUGCCUGGCCGCCCCCCCCUCAGUCCCAAAGUGGUUUUUGCCUUAUAGAUGCCCCAGGGCACAGCUCCGAGUUGUGGCUGCUGGUUUUUCCCAAGUCAGGCACCAAGGACUCCAGACGGUUCUUCCUCCAAGAGUCAGCCAGAUGAUGCCCAAGACCCUGGGGGCAGCAGCCGACUCCUGAAGAAAGUCU